AUGUCUGUUGACGACCUGGAUUCGCUCCUUGCCGACCUUGGUGGUGGUGCACCUGCACCUGCGCCUGCUGCUGCGCCUGCGCCUGCUGCUGAUGGCGGCCUCGACGAUCUCGAUGCCCUCAUGGCCGACCUCGGCGGUGGUGGCGGCGGUGGCGCUCCUGCUCCGGCGGCCCAGCCUGCAAGCAGCGGCGGUGGGCUCGACGAUCUCGACUCGCUCAUGGCCGACCUCGGUGGCGCCCAGCCGGCGCCUGCUGCUCAGCCUGCGGCGGCGCCUGCGGCCCAGCCCGCCAGCAGCGGCGGUGGGCUCGACGAUCUCGACUCGCUCAUGGCCGACCUCGGUGGCGCCCAGCCGGCGCCUGCUGCUCAGCCUGCGGCGGCGCCUGCGGCCCAGCCCGCAAGCACCGGUGGGCUUGACGAUCUCGACUCGCUCAUGGCCGACCUCGGUGGCGCCCAGCCGGCGCCUGCUGCUCAGCCUGCGGCGGCGCCUGCGGCCCAGCCCGCAAGCACCGGUGGGCUUGACGAUCUCGACUCGCUCAUGGCCGACCUCGGUGGCGCCCAGCCGGCGCCUGCUGCUCAGCCUGCGCCUUCAGCGGCGCCGGCGUCAGGCAUGUCAGACCUUGACUCGCUCAUGGCCGACCUCGGCGGCGCCCAGCCGGCGGCCGGCGGCGGUGCGGCUCCGCCGCCGAGCAGCCAGGCGCAGCCGAUGGUCGACCCGAACCUUGCGGGCGCGUCGGAUCUCGACGCGGUCAUGCGCGCACUGUCGGGCGCCGCGCCCGCACAGGCGGCGCCGGCCGGCGGCAAGAACCUGGACAACAUCCUCUCCAACCUGACGUCGGACAUGGACCGGAUGGGCGUCAGCUCAGACUACCGCGGCACGUGCGCCGGGUGCAUGAAGCCGAUCAUUGGGCAGGUUGUCACCGCGCUCGGGCAAGUCUGGCACGCCGAGCACUUUGCCUGCUUCUCGUGCAAGGUCCCGCUCGGCUCUACCUCGUUCUUUGAGCGCGACAACAAGCCGUACUGCGAGCGGCACUUCCACGAGCUCUUCUCGCCACGCUGCGCCUACUGCAACGGACCCAUUCUGGACAAGUGCAUCAACGCGCUGGGCAAGACCUGGCACGAGGACCACUUCUUCUGUGCGCACUGUGGCCGCGGAUUUGGCGGGCCCGACGGCGGGCAGGCCGGCUUCUACGAGCACGGCGGCCGCCCCUACUGCGAGGAAGACUACUUUGGCCUCUUUGCCUCAAAGUGCGCCUCGCCCAAGUGCGGCAACCCCAUCCUCGGCGACUGCCUCACCGCCCUCGGUCAGCAGUGGCACCCUGACUGCUUUGUCUGCACCGGCUGCACCAAGGGUUUUGAGGGCGGCUCGUUCUUUGAGGUCGAGUCGCUGCCGUACUGCGAGAUCUGCUACCACGCCAAGAACGGCUCGCUUUGCGCUGCCUGCCAAAAGCCCAUCGUCGGCCGCUCGCUCACCGCCAUCGGCAAACGCUUCCACCCGGAGCACUUUGUCUGCGCGUUCUGCAUGAAGAACCUCGGCUCGGGCGGCUCGCAGACUUUCAAGGCUCACAACGAGAAGCCUUACUGCACCCCGUGCUCCAUCAAGCUCUUUGGCUGAUCAAGCCCUCAUCCCGCGUGCUCCAACCUUCUUCCCUCUGCCAUCGCCCGCACUUUCCCGGGCUACAGCCUCCGUCUCGAUCGCACAAGCCACGAAACUCUCCAUCAGUAUGUC